AUCGAGCUCCUUCUCCCUUUCGGUCUCGGCCUUCCUUGCGACGUAGGACAUCCCAUAUUCGAGUCGGCUCGCUCGCCAUAAAAGGACGCAAAUCCAACAGCUGAUCGAUCAAACAUCAUCGUCAUGGGCAACCACCAGAAGCUCCUCCACUUCUUCCGCCAAGACCCGGCCUGCUCGCCGAGGUCCUUCUCCUCCUCCUCAACCUCCGUCUCCGACGACGACGGCCACAGCUGCUCCUCCUACGCCACCACGGACGGGGACGCCUCGCCCACCACGUCGCGCUACGCCUCCUCCACCCCGCCCACGCCAAAGUCGCCGUGGUCGCACUUCCCGGGCCUCGGCUCCUCCACCGAACCCGGCGCGACGGGCCUCAUCGCGUCACUGGUCAAGGAGGACGGGCACGUCUACUCCCUGGCAGCCACCGGCAACGUCCUCUACACCGGCACCGACUCCCGCAACGUGCGCGUGUGGCGCGACAACCGCGAGCUCGCGGGAUCCUUCCGGACGGCGAGCGGCCUCGUCAAGGCGAUCGUCGUCGCAGCCGACGGCCGCAUCUUCACCGGCCACCAGGACGGCAAGGUGCGCGUGUGGCGCGCGGACGACGCGGCAAGCCCCGCCGCGCACCGCCAGGUGGGCUCGCUCCCCAGGCUCGCCGACUACCUCCGGAGCGCCGUCAACCCGGCCGGCUACGUCCACACGGAGCGCAAGGGGCGCAAACGCGCGGUCUGGCUCCGGCACUCGGACGCCGUGUCCUCCCUCAGCCUCGACGAGGGCGCCGGGCUGCUCUACUCGGCGUCCUGGGACAGGACCUUCAAGGUGUGGCGCGUGUCCGACUCCAAGUGCCUCGAGUCCGUGCGCGCGCACGACGACGCCGUCAACACCGUCGCCGCCGCCGGGUUCGACAGCGUCGUGUUCACCGGGUCCGCCGACGGGACCGUCAAGGUGUGGCGGCGGGAGAUGUCCGCGAAGGGCGGCGGCGCCACGAAGCAUGUCCUGGAGAGGGUGCUCAGGGAGGGCGAGAGCGCGGUCACCGCGAUCGCCGUGUCGCCCGAGGACCGCGUCGUGUACGUCGGUUCGUCCGAUGGCUUGGUCACCUACUGGUACUGGAUCGACGGCGAGGCGAGAUACGGCGGCGUGCUCAAGGGACACAAGAUGGCGGUCAUGUGCCUCGCGGUGGCCGGCAACGUCGUCGUGAGCGGCUCGGCCGACCGGACGCUCUGCGUGUGGCGGCGCGACGGGGCAGAGCACGUCAGUCUAGCCGUGCUGGCCGGGCACACCGGACCGGUGAAGUGCGUCGCCGUGGACGAGGAGGAGCCGACCGGUUCGCGUGGAGAUCGGCGGUUCGUGGUGUACAGCGGAAGCCUGGACGGGUCGGUCAAGGUGUGGCGCCUGUCUGACGCGGAGGCGCCGGUGACAGAGCAGACACAUGCAGCACCGCCGCAGCCAUUGCCCGUGUGGAGAGGCCAGCCGGCAGCUCCGGCGGCGUAUGCGGGAGCGUGGGCGGCGUACCAGACGCCGGAGCUCAAGCGCGUGGAAGCUGCGUGAUGGCGAAGGCAAGUCGUGCGUACGUGCUCGCAUGGAAACAAUGUGUUCGCCACACGUGUACUGUAGCAGAUCGUGCUAGAAAGAGUGUAUAUACACAACGUAGAACAUACGGUACUGGAACGAAUUGUAAGUGUGUAUUUUGGGGUGGGAAAUGAAAUGUGUGGUGGUGCGGC